UUAAUAGUUAGUGUAGGCCUAGUUUAGUUGUUUACCGUUACUCUCUUUACAAACGAACCUUGGUGUAAGAUGAAAUUCAGAAAAUCGGUAGAAAAUAUUUUAGUUUUCGAGUAGGAAAUUAAGUAAACCUAACCAAUUAAUAUUAAAGAACCAGCACAAAUGUAAUCAGUUUUCUGAGGCUUAAGUUCAUGGUUUGUGUAAAAUAACCAAUAACAAGUAACACUGUCAUUUUAGGUUAGUUCGUAAUUUUAGGUAUUCCGUAUUUCUAGUCAAACAUGGAUAGGUUUGAAUAUUGUGACUCAAGAUUAGCGGCUGGAGAGAGGGAUAUGUGUAUAGAAAGAAAUGUUAAGCUGUAUGAUGGUGAUUUGAAGACCUCUUUCGAGCAUGGAGAGCUACUACUGACCACCCAUCGUCUAGUGUGGGGACACAAUGAUAUUUCUCAAGAACAAACUUGUCUCUCUCUUCCACUCAAGUUUAUUGUGUACAUGGAAGAAGAACAAUCGAGUGGAUUUGGGUUCUCCAAGUCAAAAAAGGUGCUUUUACAUCUUACAGAACCAACAAGAGAUAAAACUUCUGGACCAUGCUUGAAGAGUUUAUAUGAUUAUGUUAAACUUUCCUUCAAAGAUGGGCUCCGAAAUGACUUUAUUGGGCUUUUGCAACAAAGUAUUGAAAUGCGACAGUGGGAGAAGAGUCCAGUGGUCCCAACAAAUGCAGCUGGUCAACAAAACAGGGUUAUAAAACCACGAACUGGAAUUGUGGGUAUCGAGAGGAGUAUACAAGAAAAACACAAACAAACAGACCAAAAUAUUUCUGCAGCAUUUCAAGACCUCAGCAAACUGAUGACAAUGGCAAAGGACAUGGUGAAUGUAGCCAAAAACAUUUCUGAUAAAAUCAGGGAGAAGCAGGGUGGGAUCACCGAGGAUGAGACUGUCAGAUUCAAGUCAUAUUUGUUGAGUCUUGGAAUUGAUGAUCCAGUUACAAGGGACAGUUUCCGCAGUGAGACACAGUUCCACAAGAGUUUAGCCAAGCAGCUUGCAGACUUUCUAAAACAACCUGUUGAGGAGGUGGGAGGCAUGAUGUCACUGGCAGACGUGUAUUGUCGGGUCAACAGAGCGCGAGGUCUGGAGCUAUUGUCACCAGAAGAUCUACUGACCGCGUGUCACACCAUGGCUGGGCUCGGACUGCCACUGCGGCUACACAAGUUUGACAGCGGAGUCAUGGUGUUGCAGCUGUCCUCUCAAAACAGUGAGGCUGUCGUAGCGGCCACCGAGCAGUCAAUCCGAGACUUGGGCUCCAUCAGUGCUGAACAACUUGCUCAAGAACUCGGAAUCUCUGUUGUUUUGGCCAAAGAAAGACUUCUGGCUACUGAGAAAGCUGGCAAAGCCUGCAGAGACGAUACCAUAGAAGGCCUUCACUUCUACCCUAACCUUUUUCUUGAAAAGGUUUAAUCUAGUUUAGUAGUAAAUUUAUUUGUAAAAUUUGUAUAUACAAUAAAAACUAUCUUUCUUGUUUUUUAUAGUUUUCUUCAUCUUUUUGUAUUGGA